AUGGGGUACACAGAUGUACAGAAUCUUCUAUCUGGGAACGCAGCUGCUUUCUCUAACGCAUUCUUUGGCGAAGGAACUGGUGCUAUCCUUUUGGAUGAGGUUCAAUGCACUGGGAAUGAAAAUACUCUUGAUGAUUGCACAAAAGACCCCAUCGGAGUUAACGACUGUGAUCAUUUUGAAGAUGCCGGUGUUAACUGUUGCGGACCAGAUGGCACAGGGGGGCCACCAGGCAAUGGAGGGCCACAGGGCACAAAUGGUCCUCCAGGAACAGGUGGCCCUCCAGGUACAGGAGGGCCACCGGGUACAGGUGGACCACCAGGCACUGGAGGGCCACCGGGAACAAAUGGUCCUCCAGGAACAGGUGGUCCUCCAGGUAAGAAUGGACCUCCAGGUACAGGAGGGCCACCGGGAACAGGAGUGCCACCGGGUGCAAGUGGACCACCAGCUACAGGCGCCCCCCCAGGCACUGGCAGUGGACAGGGCACUGGUGGACCUCCAGGAACAGGUGCUCCACCGGGAACCAAUGGUCAAUCAGGUACAGGCGGACUGCCAGGAACGGGUGGACCACCAGGUUCAGGCGGACCCCCUGGGACGAGUGGUCCACAAGAAACAGGCGGUCCCCCUGGUUUUGAAGGCCCCCCAGGGACAGGAGGCUCCACAGCAACAGCAGGACCUCCGGGAACUGGCGGCCCACCAGGGACAAGUGGGCAACCAGGCACAGGAGGGCCACCGGGAACGGGCGGGCCACCAGGCAGUGGAGGAAUUGACGGCACAAAUGGUCCUCCAGGCACGGGAGGACCACCAGGAACAGGUGCUCACCCGGGAACAGGUGGCCCUCCUGGCACUGAUGGGCCGUCAGGCACGGGAGGACCGCCGGGUCUAGAUGGGCCUUCUGGCACAUCCGGGCCUCCCGGGACUAGAGGGCCUGCAGGGACAGGUGGACCUCCAGGGCCGAGUGGUCCUCCAGGAAGAGACGGACCACGUGGGUAUAGUGCCCCACCUGGCACCAGUGGGCCUAUGGGAACAGGCGGACCACCAGGUACAGGGGGACCUCUGGGAUUGAGUGGGACAGGCGGUCCGCGAGGAACUGCCGGACUGAAAGGCCAGAGCGGUACACAAGGUCCACCUGGCGACGUUAAAGGACAAAAAGGAGACAAAGGAGUGCAAGGAUUCCAAGGAAAUUUUGGCAACAAGGGCGAGGCUGGUAUGGUUGGUAUGAAGGGAGAGAAAGGAAAUAAAGGAUUACCCGCCAGAGGUAUCAAAGGACAGAAAGGUAACUCCAUGGUUAUGAUUCGGAUGCGGCAGCAAACUACAGUCCCUCAAACUACCUUCACUAAUGGUGCUGUCUUCAUUGGAACGUCGUCCUCAGGUUUUAGUAGCGACGGUGGCGUCACCGGUGCCGUUUUGCCUUCGACUACUUUCGUUAGCUUGUUGGGAUCUAUUGGAAUGGAAACAGUCGAAUCUGAUGGAGCAAUAUUGGAAGAAAAACUGUAUGCAGCAGAAUUUCGAAUGGUGAUACUUGGUACGAUAAUAGCCAUCGUGGCCGUUGGCACUGUGGCCAUCUACGUGGUAUACUUUCACCAACGACGCAGAGAGAAACUCCUUAUAGCUGCUAUUAGACGAAGAUUAUCAACCAUUUGA